AUGGAGGGCCAGCCGCUCCAUCUCCUCCUUGCCCAGCCCCACCACCCUCGCCUCCCCGGCCUAAUCCCCAACCACCCUACCCACUACCUGCCCACCUCCCGCCUCCGACUCCGCGUACACCGUCGCAAGCCGAAGCAGCUCGCCGCAGUGCCUUCGAGGCGUCCACCGGGCAGCCAGGCCGACGCACCUGGCCGUAGCGGCUGGGAGCGGGUGCCCAACGCGGUGGCGGCGCUGGUGCUCCAGCUGACCGAUUUCGUUGAAGUUCAGGGGAAGAGGCUCAAAUUCAGUCCCGAGCUCCGUGCUAAUCUUGAUGGGAUCUUCUCUGAGAUGUCACAAUGUAUGGACAAGGGUCAAGUUCAGCCAAAGUCCGCAAUGGCAGCUGAUGUCGUUUCCCUUGGUGACUCCUGGCUUGGCUAUGCCAUCCGUAAGGGAUUGCUAGAGCCUGUCAAGAAUGCUGAAGAACAGGAUUGGUUUCGUAGCCUGAGUGACAGAUGGAAGGUUCAUUUGUGCAGGAACCAGAAUGGAGAAGCAGAUCCUAAUGGUACAAUAUGGGGAGUUCCAUACAGAUGGGGCACCAUGGUCAUUGCUUACAAGAAAAACAAGUUCAAAACACAUAAUCUGAAGCCAAUACAGGAUUGGGAGGAUUUGUGGAGGCCUGAGCUUGCCGGGAGGAUUUCAAUGGUCGAUUCUCCUAGAGAGGUGAUUGGUGCAGUUCUGAAGCAUCUGGGAUCGUCAUAUAACACAGUUGAUAUGGAAAUGGAUGUCAAUGGUGGUAGAGAAGCAGUCCUAAAUAGCUUUACACGAUUACAGAAGCAGGUCCAACUAUUCGACAGCAUGAACUAUCUGAAAUCAUUUAGUGUUGGAGAUGUAUGGGUUGCAGUGGGUUGGAGCAGCGAUGUGAUCCCUGCUGCAAAGCGAAUGUCUAAUGUCGCGGUGGUUGUUCCCAUGUCAGGCAGCAGCCUAUGGGCUGAUCUAUGGGCAAUACCAUGCGCGACAAGAUUUCAGACUGACCAAAUCGGCAGCCGAACCAGAGGCCCAUCUCCACUGAUCCACCAGUGGUUCGACUUCUGCCUGCAGAGUGCUAGAAGCCUACCCUUCCGCCAAGACGUCAUCCCGGAGCAUCUCCACUGUACCUUGAGAACCCUGUGCCAGAGGUCCCUCAAGAUAAGAACAAGAGGAAGCCGAAGCUGGACACGAACCUUAUCCACGGAGUGCCUCCGCCCGAGAUCCUGGAGAGAUGCGAGUUUUUGGAACCCCUUGGUGCGAGACUGUUUGAGUGGUGGAGGCAAAAAUGGCCGUGACCGUGAGGACCUCAGGGCUCAGGCUGCCCCGCCGCUCGACGGCAACGCUCUGAUGACCUCUGAGUCUGAGGCCGGUCAAUGCGUUUGUUUGUGA